AUGUGCCGUGGAUUUCAGCAAAGCGAGAAAGAUCGUCUCUUAAAAAUCAAAGCUUUUUAUCUCUUGUUAUCCCUUCCCAAAACCCACAAACACUUGCCCGAUUCCCUCACUCUACAUUAUCUACCCCGGAUUAAUGGCAGCCCCUUGGAGAUUAACGGAUCCGUCAUCCGACCCGAUGCUCCGGCGUUUGUCACCCUCUACCGGGUAGUUGUGUCUGAUAAGGGUAAAGGGUCGGUUAUGUAUGGGAGCAGGGAGAAAGUGGGGGUGAGUGAAGGGGUGAGAUUUGAGGUUUAUUUGAGGGAAGAGAAGGUGGUGAAGGGUGGUUUCAGGAAAGAUGAAGAGGGUGAGUGGAAGAUGGAAUGCAGGUGUGGGUUAGAAGGGGAGAUGGUGGUGGAGAUGCAAAGUGUGGAGGUUUGUGUAGCGACGGAGGGUGAGGUGGAGGUGAUGAGGGAGAAGGUAGAGAUGGUGGUGAGGAGGAAAAGAGGGAGGUGUUUUGAAGGGUUGGAGGAGAUACUGGAGCAGGGGAGAGAGGGGGAGGAAGUGGAGGAGAAUUAUUGUUGCUGUUGUGAUUGUGGCGGAGAAGAUGACGAUUCGGAGGAGGAGGACGGUGGAGGCGAGGUGGAGGCGGAAGUGGAAGGUGUGAGAUGGGCGGUUGACGUUGGCAUAUGGGUCAUGUGUUUGGGUGUUGGUGUCGGGUAUUUGGUUUCAAAAGCUUCAUCAAAGAAUCUAAGGAGACGCAGAUUAUUGUAG